GAACUAUCAGUACAAGUCUAAAACUGCUUUUGCCGAUCUACCAUAAGAAAAGGUGGCUCCUCCAAGGGGAGAGCUCACCAUCGCCGGGGAAUUCGUCGACGGAUUUUGAACAGCGAGAGAUUUGCAGAGUGACGGAAGGUGAAAAGGAGAAGGAAUAAGCUUAUCGCGAUCGGAAAUUGCACGAAUCUUUUGGUUUGGUUAAUUGACGAUCAAGUAUGAGCUUCCUCUUCGGUAGCCGAAAAACUCCCGCAGAGAUUCUGCGGGAGAACAAGAGGAUGCUAGAUAAGUCCAUUAGAGAAAUAGAACGGGAAAGACAAGGCUUGCAGUCUCAAGAAAAGAAGUUGAUUGUCGAGAUAAAGAAAAAUGCUAAACAAGGACAGAUGGGAGCUGUUAAAAUAAUGGCCAAAGAUCUUAUCAGGACGCGACAUCAGAUUGAAAAGUUUUAUAAACUAAAAUCACAGCUCCAGGGCGUGGCUUUGAGAAUUCAGACUCUGAAAUCAACUCAAGCUAUGGGAGAAGCCAUGAAGGGUGUUACUAAGGCAAUGGGACAGAUGAAUAGGCAGAUGAACUUGCCGGCAUUGCAGAAGAUAAUGCAAGAGUUUGAGAGGCAGAAUGAGAAGAUGGAAAUGACAUCUGAAAUGAUGGCAGAUGCUCUUGACGAUGCUUUUGAAGGAGAUGAAGAAGAAGAGGAGACAGAAGAGCUUGUAAGUCAGGUGCUUGAUGAGAUUGGAAUUGAUAUCAACUCGGAGCUUGUGAAUGCACCCUCAGCUUCUGUGUCAGUAUCAACUGCAAAUAAUAGGGUUGCCCAAGCAGAAGCCGAAGAUACUGGAAUUGACAGUGACUUGCAGGCUAGGCUGGAUAACUUGAGAAAGAUGUAGGUAUCCAAUAAUAAUGGGGAAAUAAUAACACUCCGAUAAUAUAAAAUUAAAUCAUGUAUUGAUUAUAUUGGAACUCUAUUCAUCCAAGUAAGUAUUUGGCUGAUAUAUUGACAAGUAUGAUCUCUUGUUUGGAGAAAUGUGACAGUAUUUAGCAUUUGUGAUCA